AUGUCGACUCCAGCCCGGAAGAGGCUGAUGAGGGAUUUCAAGAGGUUGCAGCAAGACCCACCUGCAGGUAUAAGCGGUGCCCCGCAGGACAAUAAUAUUAUGCUCUGGAAUGCUGUAAUAUUCGGUCCGGAUGAUACACCUUGGGAUGGAGGUACGUUCAAGUUGACUCUGCAGUUCACAGAAGAUUAUCCAAACAAGCCACCGACUGUUCGAUUUGUCUCUCGAAUGUUUCAUCCCAACAUUUAUGCGGAUGGAAGUAUUUGCUUGGACAUCUUACAAAAUCAGUGGAGUCCCAUAUAUGAUGCCGCUGCUAUACUGACAUCCAUUCAGUCAUUGUUGUGCGACCCAAAUCCGAAUUCGCCAGCAAAUUCCGAAGCUGCUCGUUUGUUCAGUGAAAGCAAACGUGAGUAUAAUCGCAGAGUGAGGGAAAUCGUGGAGCAAAGCUGGACAGCAGACUAA